GAUGCGGCGGGGGAGGGGUGCUGAGGCCGGAAGCGCCUGCAGGCCGCAGGGGCAGGGGGUCCGUGUCCCAGGGGCAGACGGGGCGAGUCGCCGGGAGAGCCUCUGGGAAAGGCCGGGAGCUGCGGCCCGGGGAGUCCCGGCGUCGUGGGGCGGCUGCGUCUGGAGGGCCGCUCCCCGCGCGCUCGGCGGAGCCUCCGCCUGGGCGGGCGGGUUCCUGACGCCCGAGGAGAGGGAGUCCUCGAACAGGUCGGGCGAGUGGAGAGCAGCCCUCCGAGGGCUUCCCUUCCCCAUGGAGAGCAGGAAGGCGGCUCUGGGACCCUGGAAGGCCGGCAGAGAGGCUUUUGUGACGUUUGAGGAUGUGGCUGUGGAUUUCACGCAGAAGGAAUGGGAGCUGCUGAGCCCUGCGCAGAGGACCCUGUACAGACACGUGAUGCUGGAGAACUUCAGCCACCUGGUGUCGCUGGCAGGAAUUCACUGUUCUAAACCGGAACUCAUCACGUGGCUGGAGCGAGGGAAAGAGCCCUGGAGGGAAGAGAGGAGACACCGGCCAGGCCCUGGUCCAGGCCCCUCUUGGGGAGCGUGGUAGCCGACUCACGUUGAGGUGGCUGCCAUUGCCAUGUGCUUGGAAGUCCCCUUGUGUCCUGCUGCAGGAAUCCUCGCUGAGCCUCGGCCGCGAACACAUCCUGUAGAUUGUUGUCGUUCCUCAGCUCAUAAGUCUUUACCAGUUUGUUUGGCAGGAGUCGGUCAGUUUGUACUGUCCGUCCUGCAUUUGAGAGACGCAUUUUAAGUCCUCUAUCGUAUGACAUCUAUUGUAUUUCUCCCCAAUGAGUCCAUCUGUCCCUGUGUGAUCAUGGUCAGUUUGUUAGUGCCUCGUUCUUUGUGUACAGGCGACCUGACGUGAAAUAGCCCUGAUCUGAUGAGCUCUGUGGGCCUGUCUCCCAGCUCCACUCUCUGGGGGGCAGUCCUGCUCCUCCCUCUCACCCUCUUCUCCCCCUGCUGGAUUAUUUUGAAGCAAGUCUUAGUCAUCCCAUCAUUUCAUCUGCAUAUCUACUAAUACUUAACCCUGUUCUGAUCUCGUUACUGGUUAAUUAGAUCUCUUCAUGAUAUCAGUAACCAUCAUGGACAACAGCCCCCCUUUAUGAUACCAUGAAGGCACUACUCCCGGAAAAACACAUGGCGGUGGUGUUGGGACAGUGGGCUUGGGGUGGGUGAAGGAGUCACACAGGAUGGACAACAGAGGUCUCUGUAGUGACGUUUGAGCAGAACUCAGAGGAAUGAAACCAAUAAGCUAAACAUUUAUGUGUGGGUGUAUUUGAUUUUCUUUCUGUCAAGUCAGGAAAGAACUUUGCUCAAGAUAAAAAAGAAAGCUCAGUCAGUGUCAGCUGGAGUGAACGAGUCAGAAAGUGGGAAGAAGUGAGGUCUGAGGAGCGGAGAUGGGGUAUAGGGCCCUGAAUUCCAUGCUAAUAUGUAGUCCAUGUGAUGGGAAGUCCCUGGAUUGUGUACACCAAAAAUGACAUCUGAUGAAUAUAUUUUUAAUUGAAGUAUAAUGGGCAUACAAUAUCCAAUUAGUUUCAGGUGUGAUUAGUUUCAGUUUCACAGUGAUUCAUUGUUAUGCUUUGUAAAAUGAUCCCCAAGAUAACUCAUUACCAUCUGUCAUUUCCAAGUUAUUGUAACAUUAUUGACUAUAUUGUCUUAGGUGUAUAACACAUCCCCAUGACUUACUUAUUUUAUGAUAAUGUUUGUACCUAUCCGCUUCAUCUUGGUUUGCCUGCCCCUCCCCCACCCACCUUUGGUAUCCAUCAGUUUCCAUAUCUGUUGCUCUGUUUCUGGUUUUCAGAUCCCACAUAUAAGUGAUACCAUGCAGUGUUUGUCUUUCUGUCUUAUUUGACUUAGACUAAUACACUCAGGAUAUAUCCAUGUUGUCACAUAAGCAAGAUUUCUUUUUUUUGCCUUUUAUGUUUUGUUUAUUUUGUGUAACUAUUAUGUACCAGACAUGGUACUACAUGUUUUUUGCACUGGCAUCUCAUUUUACAUUUUCAGCCACAUUGUGAUGUGAAUAUCAUUGUCUCACGUUACAAGUAAAUAAACCACAGCCAAGGGACGUUAAUGAGAUUCUAAGUUGCCUUAUCCUAGAUGCACUUGUGUCUUCAGAAUCAGAUCUCUGAAGGUGAAAUCUACAUCAGGCUUUGUUCUACAAUUGUACAGUGAUAAAUGACAAAGGAGAUUAAAGCUGCUCGUGCACAUUAAAGUACACAAACGUAUGUGCACAAGCAUAUAUACAUCUAUAAAUAUAAUGCAUAUAUAUCUGUCCCAAUCCUUUUUUUGCAAUUUGAACUAUACUUGGAAAACAAAAGAAACAAAACUAUUGUUUGCUUGAGAAGUUCUUGACUAUGCUGGGCUGAGGAAUCUCUGCACUUUGCUUGCAUUAUCUCACUGCAUCUUUACAACAAUUAUAUGAAGGAUUAAGAGUAUUUCUACUUCUUGGACAAGGCCCUGAGAGGUUAAGCAAUACCCCUGAGGUCUCACAGGGGAAAUGUGAGUGCAGCCCUGAGCUCAAAGCCUUCAGUCUUAGUGACUGCUUAUAAUCUCUCCUCAAAUCACAUGCCAUAUAAGGGCUGGGGCCACAGACUCUGGCAUCACCAAAAUUCUACUCUAAGCUAAUUAGUAACAUGUAGGAGAUACUGUCUUCUCCCUCCUCAGUUGGGAAACACACCUCCCCUGUAAAGCAAAUUAGAUUGGGUGGGGUGGUGGAUGACAUUUUAGUGACUGGUAGUUAAACAUGGGGAAGGGAUUGGGAUGGGCGGGUAAAAUAGGUGAAGGGGUAAGAAGUACAAAAUCUCAAUGAUAAUAUAAAUUAGUCAUGGGGAUGGAAGUACAGCACAGUGAAUAUAGUCAGUUCUGUAACAUCUUUCUGUGUUGACAGAUAAUAACUGCAUGCAUUGGUGUAUAUAAAUUGAAUCACUAGGUCAUAUACUUGAAGCCAGUAUUUACUGUACAUCAACUAUGCUUCAAUAAAAAUAAAUAAAUAAUAAAUCCGCUUAGCCCCGCCCAAUGCCUGGGCAGUAAACUUUCAAGAAAUGUACAAUUCAGUUUUAUCCACACUAUAUAGAAUUAUUGCAAAGCAAGAAUCAGACUUUAGACCUCUGUGCUCUAUCUGGAAGACAAUAUUUUCAUUAUCUUUUAUGAAAACCAAUCUGUUCUUAAAGGUGCCAGCACAGGGCUUCAUAGAGAACCCUGAACCUGAACAAGCACCUGUGCUCAUACAGUCAGGUUCAACUCCAUGAUGGUGUGAUGUCAAGGUUCUUCCCAGGGUAUAGCUCCCAGAGAUGGUGGCUGAGUAGGGUCAUAUUCUGCUAGUUGGCUAUCCAAUGUCUGUUCAACUCUUCGUUCUUACUAGUGGAAUUCCAGCAGUGGACUAACCAGUUUCCUUUCUCUUGGCCCUGUCCCUUGCUUGGGCAGCAUUGCUCUCAUGUGGAGUACUGCAAGUGUCUUUUGAAUAUCCCAGGCUCCGGGCAGGCCUUUAACAGUCUGUCUACUUUCCAGGUUAUUCAGGUAUGUCCUGGCCAGUGGGGAUGCCUCCACUAUGAUUGGAUCACACCCAGGCUCCUCCCCUGCCCUGCAUGGCUGAGCUCCAAGCUGCCUAUGCAGUCUCUCUCUCUACUGUUCCUACAAAUAACAUGAGCUGAUUUGUCCUUCCUUGUCCUCCAAAUCCACUCUGGACUUUUUAUGUUUUUCAUUAAGGUAUUGAGAUACACUCUUUAGAAGGUUUCACAAGAAAAACAAUGUGGUUAUUACAUCCAUCCUUAUUAUUGAGUGCCCCCCCCCCAUGAUUUCAUUCCUUUUUAAGGCUCAGUGGGAUUUAUAAUGUAGUUGAUACUCUAGUUAUAGUUUAGGAAACAGACUAUGGAGCAAAUCCUUUUCUAGUGUGUAUGUUCGUCUCUCUAAGUGAAAAUAUAAGCUUCCAACUAGAUGGAAGAGCAGGGCCUGGGAGGGGAACCUUUAUGGGAGGUGGUGGCAUUUGUGUUGUGUGCUGGCCCAGGCUGCUUCACCUGUGACCAUCCUGAUGGGGCACUUUUCC